AUUAAAUUAUUAGAAAAGUUAUAUUGAGCUAAAAAUAAAUUAUAAAUUUUAAUUUAUUAAAUAUUAAAAUUAUUAAUAGAAAAUAAUAUAUAAUUAAAAAAUAGUAAUAAAAAUAAUUUAAAAUCAUAUAAUUAUAUAUAUUUAUAUUAUAAAAUUAUUUAAAUAGUUAAUAAAGUUAUAACUUAUAAAUUAAAAAUAAUUAAAUAUUUUUCAAAAGUUUUAAUUAAAAAAAAAAAUUAAAAUAUGAAAAAUAAUUAAAAUUUUUAUUCUCUAAAUAAAUUCUCUAAAUAAUCUUUAUAUAAUUUGUUUUAUAUAUUUAUAUUUUUUAAUAAUUUAUAAAAAUUUUUAUAAACUUCUCUAUUUUUAUCUUCAUUUUUUAAUAAUAUGUGAAUCUUAAAUAUCGCGCCAUUGAACAUUUUAAAUUUUAUUACUAUAUAUUUCUCUAACGAUAUGAAUAUGCGCAGAAUUGUUAGAUAUCGGGAUAAAAUGGUUGCCAGUAUAAUAUCAAAAAAUCGUUAGGGAAAUAAAUUGUCACUUCUUAAAGAAAAAUAGCUUCAUUUUAAUUUUAAAUAUCGUAUAUAAUAAGAAAAUAGUAAAUAUAUGAAUUUAAAUAUAAUAUAAUAUCUUAUCUUAUAUAAUAUAAUAUCUUAUUUUCGAUUUAAAAUGGGUGGAGGAGAUUUGAAUUUAAAAAAAUCAUGGCAUCCAUCUACUAUGAAAAACAUAGAAAAAGUUUGGAAAGCAGAACAACAACAAUGUCAAGAAAAAAAAAAAAUAGCUGAAUUAAAAAAAGAAAUAGAAAUAGAAAAAGAUCGAGAAGACAUAAAAAAAUAUGCAAUGGAACAAGGUGUGAUCGAAAAAAAAGAUGACAAAAAAUUGGAUUGGAUGUAUAAAGGACCAAAUCAUUUAGUUAAUAGAGAAGAAUAUUUACUUGGACGACCAAUUGAUAAAUCUUUUGAACAAAUGGUUCAAGUAGAAAAGGGUACUGAAUUAAGUCAAGUACCAAGAAAUCAUGUUGAACAUGAAUGUAUUCCACCAUCAUUACGUUUUUUUUCUGGUAAUGAACAAGUGGAUUUAGUAAGAAAAAUGCAAGAAGAUCCUUUAUAUGCUAUUAAGAAAAAAGAGAUGGAAACAAGAAAUCAAUUAUUAAAAAAUCCUGUUAAAUUAAAACAAUUAAGACAAUUGUUAGAACAGCAAACAAAAAAAGAUAAAAGUGAAAAGAAAAAGAAGAAAAAAAGAAAUAGACAAGAUGUAGAUAGUGAUGAUGAAGCACAAUUAGAUCUAUUAUUGGCUACUAAAUAUAAACAAUUAAAAGAAAAAAUUAAUAAUAAAGAUUUAAUAAAAUCAAUGAAAAAGAUAAAACAUAAACAAAAAAGAAAUCUAAAAGAAGAGAAUGAUAAUUCAAGUAACGGAUCAGAAAAUAGUGAAAAAAGUGAAAAUAAUAAACAUAUAAAAAAAUAUAAAAAAAAAAAAAAUAAAAGUAAAGAGAUAAAUGUUCAAAUUACAAAAUAUAAUAGAGAAAAACAAUCUAUAUAUGAUAAAAAAGAAAAAGAAUGUAAAUUACAUGAAAAAUAUAUUAGGACUCGUAGUUUAAGCAGAGAAAGUGACAAUAGUUCAAUUCAAGAAAGGAAAGAUAAAUUAUAUAAAAAAGAUAUAACUAAACAUAGAGACAAAAAAAUUCGUAUGAAAAGUCCUCAAGAUAGGAAAAAUAAUUUUUUUAACAAUAAGUAUAAUGAUAAAAAUAAUAUUGAGGACAGAGAUAAAAAUAUUUCAAAGAAAUUACAUCAAAGAGAAACAUAUUUUAAAUUAUCUUCUGAUAGAACUAAAAAGUAUUACAAAGAAGACAAAAAUAGAGAUAAAUGGAAUUUUAAGAGGAAACAAAAUCUUACAGAAGAAGAAAAAGAACAACGUAGGCAAGAAAUGAUAGCAAAUGCAACAUGGAGAGAUAAAGAAAGAGAACAAAAUGUUAAAAAAUAUCGCGAAGAAGAAAAAAAAGAAAUAGAUAAUAGAAAAAUAUAUAAUCAAGAUUUUCUUAGAAAACAAUUAGCAGUUGCUGCAGAUAUAGGAACAGUUGCUUCUAGAAUUAAAGCUAAUAUAAAUAAUAUACAACGAUCUGGAGGAGCUAUGGAUAUAAAUUUUGCUAGAAGGUGAUUUUAAAUUUGAUCUAAAUUUAUACAAUUAUGUAAAUUUCAUUGAACUAUUUCUAGAAUUAUAAAUGUAAUCUAUAAAAAUAUAUAUAUCUUUUAAUAUA